ACAUGCCGUAGCCACCCACAGAGACUUGAGGAGUUUUAGUGCGCAGCCAAUCGUCGACGCAAACCAGCAAUCGAUACUGCACAUAGCGAGGCUUGGAGUGGGAGGGGGGCGCUUGGAAGCAAAACAUGGCGAAAUAACAAGUUUGGUCGUCAGACGCCGUUUUGAGGCUGGGCACGAUAUACCGCAGUGUUGGAUUUACAACUCCCGAGUGCUCCAAUCUGGAUGGUGGACACGGACGCGACGCGCAACUUUAAAGAGUCGAGGGCCCGGUUUAGAUUAAGUGUUGCGGGGUUUAGUCCAGAACACACCGCCCGCCUGACUGUGUUUUUCCGGAAAGGUUGGCAUCGCUGGGCGCGACUGUCAAAAUAGAAAAUGAAAGAAGAAGCAAAGUUUAUUGCAGACGAGACUGUUUAGCCUGCUGUUUUAGCCGCAUUAGCUAACCCGUUAAAGAGCCAUUAAUUGCGCCCACCUGCCUCUUCGCAACGCCGAAUUUGGGAUUAUUUCGGAAGUUUAACAACCGCGGACCCAUUCGAAAGACUCUUAUAACAAUACCUUCGGGGAUAGUUACUUAAAAUAUCAGUGCCAGUUUGAUAGGCGGUUCUGGUGCGGUACUGAAGGAACGGGCGCCAUCACGUUGCGUUCGCUUGGGGAAAAAAACAUUGCGUAUUUUGGCAUUUCUUCCCCCCCUUUUUACUCCGUUAAUAGAUUGUUGCCAUUUUUCGGAAUGCCUCCCAUGACACCGCAGCUGGCUUGUUAUUUAAAAUCGAAGACAUCUUGUUGAAAUGAACGCAGCAAGGUGUUCAACAGUGGAGGUGCACUGCUUGGAAAAGCUGCCAGUUCGUCGAAGGGCGCCUGUGGCCGAAUUAGAGUAAAAGUUUGUAUAAAUAAAUGAUAUAUUUUAAAUCGGUCGUGCUAUUAUUCCAUUCCUCAAGACGAGAUUUGGAGAGUUGACGCGACCUAACCAGCUGCGAGCUCGAAACUGCGAUGUGUUUGCUCAUCUGAGUACUGCAACAAUUUUCGCAAAUUGGACUGUCUAUUGCGGCCAUUUAAGAUCACCAACGGUGCCACCUUCACACCUUCAAAGUGCUCCUUUUGAAAAAUCUGGCUAACUUGAUAAGCUAACGUUGCAAGUUUGGCCAGCCAUGUCUGAAAACGCCCCCACGCGAAGCCUGGAUGACAUCGACCUGGCAGCUCUGAGGGAUCCAGCUGGAAUCUUUGAGCUGGUUGAGGUGGUCGGCAAUGGGACAUAUGGGCAAGUAUACAAGGGCCGCCAUGUUAAGACGGGCCAGCUCGCGGCCAUCAAGGUGAUGGAUGUUACGGAGGAGGAAGAGGAGGAAAUCAAAGCUGAAAUCAACAUGCUGAAAAAAUACAGUCACCACCGCAACAUAGCCACGUAUUACGGUGCCUUCGUCAAGAAGAGUCCACCAGGACACGAUGACCAGCUUUGGUUGGUGAUGGAGUUCUGCGGCGCCGGCUCGGUGACCGACUUGGUGAAAAACACAAAGGGCAGCUCUCUGAAGGAGGACUGGAUCGCGUACAUCUGCAGAGAAAUCCUAAGGGGCCUUUCCCACCUGCACACCCACAAAGUCAUCCAUAGAGACAUCAAGGGCCAGAAUGUUCUUCUCACAGAGAAUGCAGAGGUCAAACUCGUUGAUUUUGGAGUCAGCGCUCAGUUAGACAGAACCGUGGGCCGCAGAAACACCUUCAUCGGUACGCCUUACUGGAUGGCGCCGGAGGUCAUCGCCUGCGACGAGAACCCCGACUCCACCUACGACUACAGGAGCGACAUCUGGUCCUUGGGUAUCACCGCCAUCGAAAUGGCCGAAGGAGCGCCGCCACUGUGUGACAUGCAUCCAAUGAGAGCCCUCUUCCUGAUUCCCCGGAAUCCCCCUCCUAAACUUAAAUCCAAAAAGUGGUCCAAGAAAUUUAUUGACUUUAUCGAGGCCUGCCUUGUGAAGACGUAUCCCAGCCGACCAUCCACAGAGCAGCUGCUCAAGCACUCCUUCAUCAGGGACCAGCCCACCGAGCGCCAGGUCCGAAUUCAACUCAAAGACCACAUUGACCGGACGCGCAAAAAAAGGGGAGAGAAAGAGGAGACGGAGUACGAGUACAGCGGCAGCGAUGAAGACGAUGAGAAUCGAAGCGAUGACAGAGAGUCGAGCUCAAUCCUCAACGUGCCCGGAGAGUCCACCCUCCGUCGGGACUUCCAGCGUCUCCAACAAGAGAACAAGGAGCGGUCGGAGGCUCACAAGAGACAGCAGGCCCAAUUGGCCGCUCAGCGCCGGGACCCUGAGGAGCACAAGAGGCAAUUGCUGCACGACAGACAGAAACGCAUUGAGGAGCAAAAAGAGCAGCGGCGACGACUGGAAGAGCAACAGAGAAAGGAGCGAGAGAUGGUGAGGCAGCAAGAAAAAGGUCCCCAUCGGAGACUUGACGAUAUGAGACGGGAGGAAGAUAGAAGGCUGGCCGAAAGAGAGCAGGAGUUUAUAAGACAUAAGUUAGAAGAAGAGCAACGGCAGCUCGAAAUCCUCCAGCAGCAGCUGCUUCAGGAGCAGGCAUUGCUUAUGGAGUACAAACGUAAGCAGCUGGAGGAGCAGCGUCAGUCAGAGCGGCUGCAGAGGCAGCUUCAACAGGAGCAUGCUUACUUGGUGUCGCUGCAGCAACAGCAACAGGAAAGGAAGCCCCAACUCUACCACUACAACAAAAACCUGGAGCCCAAUAAUAAACCCACAUGGGCCCGUGAGGUGGAGGAGCGAAGCAAGCUCAACAGACAGGGCUCUCCGAAAAUCUGUACCACCGUCUCUGACACGGCCAUCCAGUCACGCUCGGACUCAAUCGGCCCGUCUGGAGCGGCCCAGUCUGCUCAGACGCCCCCGAUGCAGAGGCCCGUUGAACCUCAAGGGGGGCAGGGCAAGUUGCAGAUGGCUCACUUGGUUCCACUAAAGCCUUACGCCGCCCCUGUCCCACGCUCCCAGUCUCUCUGCGACCAGCCUACUAAGACCAUGUCCGCAUUCCCUACCCAGGACCCCUCCCUCGCCCUCACGCCCCGACCCAUCCACUCCAGAGAGCUAGUGCGUCAGAACUCAGACCCUACAUCUGAGACCCCCGCGCCACUGAUGCACCAAAUCAGGGAGGAUCAUGGGCCCUGGAUCCGCUUGCCAGAUGUGGAACUCCCACCCAAGUUCAAUCCUCAGAUUCCCCAGAGAACAGCAUCAAUUGCAACAGCUCUCAACACCAACCUGACUUCUGGCAUCAGGCAUCCAGUGAGAGCCAGUAAUCCGGAUCUCAGCAGAAACGAUCGCUGGGAGAGAGGCGAUAAUAUUGGCAUCAUAUCUGAUCUCCCACAGACGGGCUCGUUGGAAAGGCAUCGCAUCCUCAGUACCUCCAAGAUGGAGUCGCCCAUUCUAUCCCAGGAUAGUCGUCACAAGCCAGGGGAGUCUCGCACCUCUUCUCGCCCAGGGCGUCCUGCUGAUCACGGCCUCUUUGCCAAAGAGCGUGCUGAAGAACAACCCAGGCCUCCAGUCAAGGCCAAUGAUUACUCCUCCUCCUCGGAGAGUAGUGAGAGUAGUGAGGAGAGCGAAAACGGAGAAGGAGCUGAAGAGGAUGAAAGUCCAUCUGAUCGCCACAGGGACGCAGACACGGAUUCGGUCAACACCAUGGUGGUUCAUGAAGUUGAGGGCGAGGAGGCGGAAGGAGAGCAAGCUGGAGGUUAUGGAGAUCAGACCAUGUUGGUACAAAGGACCCCUGAGAAGCGGAGCCACAAUGGCUACACUAACUUACCAGAUGUGGUGCAGCCCUCACACUCCCCCACUGAUUCUGCCACUCACUCCUCCCCUGGGAAGGACUCUGUGUAUGAUUAUCAGUCCAGAUGUUUGGUCAAGGCACCUGGCAAGUCCUCCUUCACCACCUUUGUGGAUCUUGGAAUGUACCAGACACCGGGAGGUACCGGGGAUAACAUUUCUGUUACAAGCUCAAGGUUUGAACAGCUGAAGAUGGAGGUCAGGAAGGGUUCCAUGGUGAACGUGAAUCCCACCAACACACGCCCCCCUACUGACACACCUGAGAUCCGAAAGUACAAGAAGAGGUUCAACUCUGAGAUCCUGUGUGCGGCGCUUUGGGGUGUGAACCUGUUGGUGGGGACAGAGAAUGGUUUGAAGUUGCUGGACCGCAGUGGACAGGGCAAAGUUUAUCCACUUAUCAACUCGCGCCGGUUCCAGCAGAUGGAUGUUUUGGAGGGCCUCAAUCUGCUCAUCACCAUUUCAGGCAAGAAAAACAAGGUGCGUGUCUACUACCUGGCCUGGCUGAGGAAUAAGAUCCUCCACAAUGACCCCGAAGUGGAGAAGAAGCAAGGCUGGACCACUGUGGGCGAGAUGGAGGGCUGCGUGCACUACAAAGUUGUGAAAUACGAGAGGAUAAAGUUCCUUGUGAUUGCUUUGAAGAAUGCCGUGGAAGUGUAUGCUUGGGCGCCCAAGCCUUAUCACAAAUUCAUGGCCUUCAAGUCUUUUGCAGACCUGCCACACAGGCCAGUCCUUGUGGACCUGACAGUGGAGGAGGGUCAGAGGUUAAAGGUCAUCUACGGCUCCUGUACCGGCUUCCACGCCAUCGACGUGGACUCCGGAAACAACUAUGACAUUUACAUCCCCGUCCAUAUCCAGAGCCACGUGACGCCGCACGCCAUCGUGUUCCUGCCCAGUUCCGACGGCAUGGAGAUGCUUCUGUGCUACGAGGAUGAGGGCGUCUAUGUCAACACGUAUGGUCGCAUCAUCAAGGAUGUGGUCCUGCAGUGGGGCGAAAUGCCGACAUCUGUCGCUCACAUCUGCUCCAAUCAGAUCAUGGGCUGGGGAGAGAAAGCCAUUGAGAUUCGCUCAGUGGAGACUGGCCACUUGGAUGGCGUCUUCAUGCACAAGAGAGCUCAGAGGCUUAAGUUCCUGUGUGAGAGGAACGACAAGGUAUUCUUUGCCUCAGUGCGGUCGGGAGGCAGCAGCCAGGUGUACUUCAUGACCUUGAAUAGAAACUGCAUCAUGAACUGGUGAAGGAUGAGCAGCUUCGCUCUGGGCGGAGCCAGCAGGAUCUGGAAAUGGAAGCGCAUCUGACAUUCUCUUACACACACAGGCGAGCAUGCUCAUUCGCAUUCGUUUUUGUAUACACGUACGCACGCAGACACACUGAUAACUCACGGACAAAAACAAAACAAAACGCACGUGCGCUCUGAUAAAAAAAUCUCAAAAGGAGUCUUUAAAUUUUUUCCGAUCAGCUUCAUGGCCUCAAUAAUAAUUUCUCACUGUACCCAUUACAAAAAGUCACUGAUGUUUAUAGCAUUUAUUUGUACUGUUUUGAUUCCUGUCCUGACUUCCCUUAAUUGGUGGAGUAUCGGCAACUGCUUAGUUCCUCAUUGUGAAGUACUGUACUGUAAAUUCCCAGAUGUCUCGCCAGGUGCAGAAGGCGUUAUUUACCAACACUGUAUGUUCAAGUUGAGCUGUAAAUAGCACAAAUCAUCUGCGGGUCUCUUCCGGUUUAGCCGUCAUUGGUUGCACGGCCGACUCAGAGGAUGCCCGCACACCCAUCUGCUGUGGCUUAAGGCUCCCAAAUUUCAUAGAGGCUUAAAAGGAAAAUUUGGGCCAGCUCAUCCAAAGUUCGAGCAAAUCUGGCAUUCCCGCUUUUGCUUGUGUCUCAGUCAUUGCAGAUUAGCUCUCGUUCGCUUCGAAAAGUUAUCAUAACUGAGCAGUACUCUGCGGCAGACAGUACUGUGAAAUGUCUUUUGUUGCUUUUUUGUUUCUUUUCUUCCGCCGAGGCAAACAAAUCAGCCUCGUCAAACUUGUACCUACCAUUUUUCAGAGAUUUACAACAAAUUUGAUAUUUAUCUGUAGUGAUUUUGAAUUACUGGUAUUCUUGAUUUUGCUCUACUGUAAUUAUAUUUCAGUGUUGUGCAGCCAUGGUUUGAGGAGAGUGUGUUAGCGUAUGUGGCUGAUUGUGUUAAAAGGGGCGCAGCGGGCUCUUCUACUCUAAAAUUCUCAAGUCGUCGCGUGGGUCUGUUAUGAGCCGCAGUGCGCCGCGGCUAAUAUUUGUUCUGAGCUGAUAGAAAGCCGACAUUUUAGCGUUAGAACCGAGAAUGGAUUUCUUUGUGUGCAUGGCUGAAGGUCAUGAUACUGUAUACACUGCUACAUGGGGGCUAAUGAAUACAAGCCAAAGGAAGUGAUCUUGCUAAGUUGAGAAGACUCUUUAACCCCCAAGUUAACGAAAACGGUCCAUUAUGCGUACGGUGACACUGGUUUGCAAUAGAAAUACUGCAGGAGCCUUUGACAGCAAGGAUUUGUUGGCGUCGGAAGGAUGGCGUUGUCGCGCUAUGGCACAUUGUGGGCUCACGAGAUGUUGAUGUAUCGUCAAGCCAAAAGUGAUAGAUAUACAUAUAUAUAUAUAUAUAUAUAUAUAUAUAUAUAUAUAUAUAUAUAUAUAUAUAUAUAUAUAUAUAUAUAUAUAUAUAUAUAUCAAUGUACAAUAGCUCGAGAGAUGUUGAUGUAUCGUCAAGCCAAAAGUGAUAGAUAUUAUAUAUAUAUAUAUAUAUAUAUAUAUAUCAAUGUACAAUAGCUCGAGCGGAAACUCGAGUGUGCAUGUAAGCCAUUGAAGUACAAUAGUGUAUCAAAGUUGUUUUCCCCUUUUUUUUUUGAAGAUUGUGUUUCUUAAUUAUAGUUGUGUGCCAUGGCCUACAUUUCACAUUGGUUUGUUGCCAUGUGUGAUUUCUGCGGUUAUUUUACCAACCUGCCAUGUUUACACUUUAAGCAGUGCCUUGGAGUUGGGACGACAAUGAUAGAAGCUAUUAUACCGUAGGUUGGGUUUAAGCCUUGCCCCCAUGUUGCUUACUAAUCGCGGAGCAAGAGGUGUAAUUUCGACCCUCGUAUUAUUGAUUGUUAUCUGCCCCUUAAAGUGCACUUAAAUUGUUGAUAUGCGUAUUGACAUGCACAUAAACGAGACUAUUCAAUGAGUAUUAAUUCAGACAUCGGCAAUAACGAAGAGUUAAAUGUCCGGCCGUGUAAGGCUAAAAAAGGUUUUGGGGAAAAGUCCAGACCCGAGUGGGGACCGGCAUAGCGAAAAGCCAUACUUGUGAAUUUUGUCUAGUGACGUCCGCUCGUAAAUUGUCGCAGCAAAUAUGAAGUCGGCGCGUUACCCUUCAAUGUUGCUAAUGUAACGUAGUCAUGGGGAAAGUAGCCUGACUAUAUUUAGAGAAGUCUAUUUUAUAACAAUAAAAAUGUAUUAUGUAAAAUUAGUCUGAGACAUUACAGUGAAUGUACUUCUAUCUAAGAGAUUUGUAUUUCUAUGAAAAUGUGUGCCGCUCUAUUAGUCAAAGCACAAUGUGUAACGGUCUAUUUUCUCAAGUGGUCGUCAGGUAAGAGACAAGCGAGUCAUCACGCGUUUCAAUGUUUUGCUGGAUCCAUCUGCUAAUAUGCUCAGGCGGUGACGGGACUUUGAGUGCAUAGACAUGGCCGGGUCACUUGAAGGCUUUUGGUUUUGAAGUUGAAAGAAAUGUGAGCGGGAAAAAUCCAGUUUUUCAUUGAGCUUCAUUCCCGAAUGAAAACACUGUUGCGUAACGUAUCUGCUAGAAUGCACAAUCGCAGGUGACACUUUUCAUAUCAAGCACACAAAAGAUGCACUACAAAAGAAAUCCAGGCUCUUAAGUUCUUCCAUUGUGGUCCAGAGACUUUUGUGGGCAGAAUUUAAGUUUUUCUUUUUUUUCUUUUUAAACAAACUAACAAUUAGUGCAUUUUUUUUUCCAUAGAUCCUCAUCAGAUUUCAAAGCAAAGUUGUUUUACAGUUUCAUGUGAUUAUUUAAAGUGAAACCUGAAUGUUUUCAAUAAUUCAUUUCCCAAAGAAGAAAUCUAACUUCCUGUUGAUCAUUCUAUUGAAAGUAUGAUAUAUAUAUAUUUUUAAAAUGCUCAUUUAUUGCUUCAGUGAUACUGGUUGGUCAUGUUGCUUCAGUUUCAUUCCAAGAGCCUCCAAAACCUCACAUCGCAGGGUGACAUUGAGAAGGUCGGGGAUGCACUUAAGUGUGUGAGGAAAAAGCAAUACAAGCAUUUGAUUGAUUCAUCCCAGUUUGGCCUCAGUUCAUUUUGGCAGGCAAAACGUUGCCUGCUUGGUGAGUCACUCUCAUUUUACCUUUUGGUUUGCUUUACAGGGCUUUUUGUUGUUGUUGUUGGGCGAUUUCUGGCUUUUCUGUGUUAGCUUUUCACAAUCAGUAACUGUGAUGCUCAAUCUUGAACGAAAUCCCACAAUUGCCUUUAUGAAUUAAACAUAAUAGAGAAGUGGAUGAAGGCAUCGACUGUAUAGGAGCUUGUGAAGCAAAUCAAUAACAGUACAGCCCAAAAACUCGAGACUUUUGAACAUUAGACUCGAUGUUUAGUUUUUUUUUUUAUUUCGGUAAACAUUGCAGUGUUUUAGUUUGCAGGUGUUUCUUAUUUGUGAGAAGAGUGUAUUUCAUAAGCUCUUUAAAACUUUAAAAAGAUUGUGUUCAUGUCUGAUACAGAAUAAAAAUCUCUUCAUCUCA